AGUAAAUGUAGGGUUAGGGUUACUCAGUCUUGGAUAAAUCCAGGGGGAAAGCAUCUCAGAUUCAUCUGAAAGGCAGCUGUGUGUGUCUGCAGUCCAGUGGACGUAAAGACAAGAGAGUUUCUGGCGGCAGUGGGAAGACAGAGCUUCAAGCAGCCACUUGACACAAGGGGAUUCUAGUCCAGGUCACUCACAAAUGGACAGCAGCACCAUCUUUUAACCAGCAGAAUGGAGAAGUCAUCCAGCAAUGAGACCCAGACUCUUACUUCUAAGAAAGAGCUCUUGGACUGUACGGAAGGUGAAGAUUGCCAAGAGAAUGGACUCCUGGUCAAGAACCCUAAAUCCGCCCUGCAGCUGGUGGAGGAUGGGAAUAAGGUCCACCCCAGCCAUGGAGAUAAAGGGGAAGCAGGUCAGAUCUCCAAUGGCUACUCAGUGGUUCAGAGCCCAGUUCCUUGCAAUGGAAUAGGAGAUGGGGAAGAUGUCCAGUGCACGGCCCCAGCAGCCACCACUACCACCACCACCACCACUUCCACCACUUGUGGAGAAAGAGAGACCUGGAGUAAAAAAAUGGACUUUCUUCUCUCUGUCAUUGGCUAUGCAGUGGAUCUGGGCAAUGUAUGGCGAUUUCCUUAUAUAUGCUACCAAAAUGGAGGAGGAGCGUUUCUCAUCCCGUACACCAUCAUGGCCAUCUUUGGAGGCAUCCCCCUCUUUUACAUGGAGCUAGCACUGGGACAGUACCACAGGAAUGGGUGUAUCUCAAUUUGGAGGAAAAUUUGUCCUAUUUUCAAAGGAAUUGGCUUUACUAUCUGCAUAAUAGCUUUCUACAUAGCCUCUUACUACAAUACCAUCAUGGCUUGGGCCCUCUACUACCUCAUUUCAUCCUUCACGUCAGAGCUGCCAUGGACCAGCUGCAAAAAUGCUUGGAACACCGUCAACUGCACCAACUACUUCACCAAUGCCAGCAUUACCUGGACCCCACACUCCAUCUCCCCUGCAGAAGAAUUUUAUACCCGCCACGUUCUACAGGUGCAAAGAUCCAAAGGGCUGGAUGAUCUGGGAGGCAUUAGCUGGCAACUGACACUCUGCUUAUUGUUGAUAUUCACUAUUGUGUACUUCAGCAUCUGGAAAGGGGUCAAAACAUCUGGCAAGGUGGUGUGGGUGACUGCCACGUUCCCUUACAUCAUACUCUUUAUCCUGUUAAUACGAGGGGCCACACUGCCUGGAGCCUGGAGGGGGGUUGUUUUCUACCUGAAGCCUGACUGGCAGAAACUCCUGGCCACUGAGGUCUGGGUGGAUGCUGCAGCUCAGAUUUUCUUCUCUCUUGGUCCAGGUUUUGGGGUCCUACUAGCUUUUGCCAGCUACAACAAAUUCCACAACAACUGCUACCAGGAUGCAUUGGUUACCAGUACGGUGAACUGCAUGACUAGUUUUGUGUCUGGAUUUGUCAUUUUCACUGUGCUUGGAUAUAUGGCUGAAAUGAGGAAUGAAGAGGUGUCGGAGGUUGCUAAAGAUACUGGGCCCAGCCUUCUCUUCAUUACCUACGCAGAGGCCAUUGCAAACAUGCCUGCUUCGACUUUUUUUGCUAUCAUAUUUUUCUUGAUGUUACUCACUCUGGGAUUAGACAGCACGUUUGCAGGGCUGGAGGGGGUGAUCACUGCGAUGCUGGACGAAUUCCCACAUGUUUGGGGAAAGCGCAGGGAAUGGUUUGUCCUUGGUCUGAUCAUCGCUUGCUUCCUGGGGUCAUUAUCAACCCUGACAUUUGGUGGUGCAUAUGUAGUGAAGCUGUUUGAAGAAUAUGCUACAGGUCCUGCUGUCCUAACGGUGGUGUUUCUGGAAUCCAUUGCGGUGGCCUGGUUCUAUGGCAUCAACCAGUUUUGCAGUGACAUGAAGGAAAUGCUGGGCUUCACUCCAGGCUGGUACUGGCGCCUCUGCUGGGUAGCAAUCAGCCCCAUCUUCCUUUUGUUCAUCAUUUGCAGUUUUAUGUCCAGCCCUCCUGAUCUACGGCUUUUUGAUUAUAACUAUCCCUACUGGACCACUAUAGUGGGUUACUGCAUAGGAACCUCCUCUGUUAUCUGCAUUCCAAUCUACAUGGCUUAUCGGUUGAUAAUCACCCCAGGAACAUUUAAAGAGCGUAUUCUAAAAAGCAUUACCCCGGAGACAGCCACAGAAAUUCCCUUUGGGGACAUCCGCAUGAAUGCAGUUUAGUUAACAUUUUUGGGGGGAGGGGAAAAGGUGUAAAAGUUUAACUUUUCCCAUGCUCCCCAACCCUCCAUAUUCCCCUUUCCAAAGAAUUGAGUUUCCACUGAGCCAAGGAAUGGGUGGGUGUUUUCCAUGGAGGCCCAGACAACGGCAAUGUGCAUCUGGAAAAUUGGUGCCUCCAGCAUACAGAUCCAAACAUUUCAACAAAAUCUGCUGCGUACUUCAAACCAGACUACGAGUUCACUGCUGAACUGAUUCAUUCUGAAAACAUGAGGAUGUCUGUAUGGGAGAGAAUGCAUAAACCACUAUAGGAUGAGUAUCAUCCGUUAGGAUUAGAUUUAGAAUCUCAAAUCUGUGACAGUACUCCUGUAUUUUUCUCAAUGUGAUCAUUUGUACUGGACCAUGUUGUAUUUGCUUCUAAAGAUCUCAUUGCUUAAACUGAGUUGAAAAAUACAGGAAAAUAGUUCUGAUAGCCAUAUAUUACCUGAGUAAUACAGAAUUUUAUUGCUUAAAAAUAAUAGGACCCUCAUAUCCUUGUUUUGCUGUGGAGUAGGCAGAGAAAGAUGUAGGAAACAACCCUGAAAAGCACUAUGUAUGAAGACUGUGUCCAGUUGCACACACAGUUGGUAGCAUUAUUCCCCUUCCUUCUUUAUACCACUUACUUUUUUGCACUUUAUGGACCAUAACAGUUUUCAUUAGUUAUUUCUUGCAUAACAAGCACUCCACAAAAGAAUGAUUUUUAAAAUUCGGGACUUCACAAAAUGCUCAGCCUCUUCUCUAUUCUCCUCUGGUACCAGUUAUACAAAACCCUCAGCCCAUCCAGCUCUUGGUCAUAGGUCAGCUGGCAAAUGUUUAAGUUGUUAGCAAUUGCUACACUCUGGUGCCAUCUCCCUGUCUCUUUUAGCUGUAUAUUCAUGAUGACAUUUUACAGACUUAGCUUAUUUAUUCCUUUAGAAACUAGCCCAGUGGUGAAUUGUUUGGAGGUCAGAUGCUAGAGGUUGGACCAUCAGAGCUACAUAGACUUCUUUUACAGCUUUUUAUGGGAAUUAAACUGUGGUUUUUCCUAUUGUUUCCUGUUGCAAAACUAAAGCUUAGGGGAACACUUUAUACUGGUUGGCACAAAUAUCAAGUCUAAAAAUUUUUACAAAAUGUCAUGAAAAUUUACUAGCUCAUGUACUAAAUCAGCUCAUCCAGUCUUUAUCUGAAGAUAAAGAUAACGAAAAAACAAUGCUAUUUUACUCACUCUGGGCCAGUGGUGAGUAUAAUUCUGCAAGGAUGAAUUCUAAUCAUAUCUUGAUAUAUACUUAAUUGAGGUAUUUAAUUGCAAAUUAAGUUCUACGUACAUUUAAAUUCAUAAUAGUCUAUAAGUACUUAUGCCUGUCAAGCCAGAGGGUAGGUUAAACAAUGAUUACUUUUGAACUCAGUUGCAUUUGCCAAGUGAAUUUCAGGACCAUGGAAUGACUAUGCAGUUAUAUGGAAAUUGCUUAGUUAACCCUAUGCAGUUAACAUGUAAGUAAAGGAGACAUGCGUUAUACUAUUACCGUCACUAAAGCCUCACCAAAUUUUAUUAUGAAACCUAUCACAACUGAAGCUAAAAUAGAACAUAAAAUCUCCUUGUACAUCAUGAUUUGCCUAUGUUAAAAAUGAAGAGGUUGCCAUACAAGAAUUCAUGUAGGCAGGCAUCAAGACAUUUCUUCUGAAAGAAAAAGUUUACACUGAAACAUACUACAAAGAACAGAUCAUCUGCACAGAGGAGUGCAACCAUGAUGUUUUUGCCUUUUGAAUACUAUACCAUUUUCAUCUUCUCUCACAAGACUUUUCUGCUUAUGCAUAUAGACACCCACUUCAAAUAAUGUCUAUUACACUUAAGCCAUAGACUUAAGACCACUUGUCUUGUAGGUCUCUAGCCCAACUCAUUACACAGAAAUAAUUAAGAGCGAUGACUGAUUAAUUCUGUCUCAACUGCUGACAAGGGCUUACUAGGACCACACAAGUCAUUUCUAAAGGGAAUAAUGUCUCACAGUGCCAUGAGAAAGAUAAAAUGAAUCCAUGUCUCACUGGAUGAUGACUUGCAAGGAGUAACUUAGCAAUUUACCCCUCAUGUAUAUUUAAAAACAGCUUCUAAGAUGGACUUAAUUUUGAGGGGACACACACACAGCAUAUCUGCAGGAUUUGAAGAAAAGUUAUUUAAAAUAUGUCAUGGGCUAUUUUAUAAAAUGUAUAAAAACAUCAACAAUUUAAUAUUCAAAAUGAAAACUGACAAACCAGAAAAUUAGAAACCAUUUGAUAAAUUGUCAAAAGUUCAACUUUUCUGUCUUAAGUUUAUUGCUGAAAAUAUACAUAUGAAGUGACAGGGUGGGGGGAAGCAGGAUAAUUACAUAUUCCCAGCAUCUAAUUUGGGAAGGAAGAAGUCUUACUAUAUCUUCUCUAUUCUCCCUGAUUUGUGUCCAGCCAAUACCAGAACUGUGAAGUGUUUGUUUUUUUUAAAUGGAUACAUAUUCUAAGCUGAAUUGUUGCCUGAGCCAAUAGCUUUCCUGUUCCUUGCUAGGCUCAUUCAAUGACAGCUUUCCCCAGCCCAAACAGCACUGUUUAAAAAGGGAUUUUUCCAUCUCUACUUUCUAACUUACAGUAAAUCCAGUUGCAAACACUCCUUCAACAGACAUUUGGCUGUCUUCUGUCAGGAAGGAGAUGGGGGUGGUUAGGUUCAGAAAGAGCAUUAUCUUCAUUGAAACCAAAGUUUUCUUCCCAAGCCCUUGUGCAGAAAUUGAAACUCAGGAUGAGUUCUGGUGGAAUAAUAAUUUUGCAGAGUAAUAACGGCAGAAGUCUCUGCUUUUUAGUGGGAGGUGGAAGAGUACUGGGACUCUUCAGCAGUAACAUUAUGGUGCCAUGUUACAACUUUAUAGAUGUAACUGCAAUUGCAAAAUAAAAAAAAUCUUCACUUGCAUUAUUUAGACAAUAAUACACAACAAUCUGACUUUCUGGGUGGUUACAGCACAGAAAAUUGAUUCAUUGCCCCAGAAAUACCAGUGUUUUCUAGAGGACUAGGAGACAACCAGGAAGUCUGGAGUUUAAAAACAAGGCCACUGACCCACUGUGUAACCUUGGGCAAGUCAUUUGUUUUCUCAGACUCAGUUUCCCAGAUGAAAAAUUAAGAUAAGCCUGCUUGCCUGUUUCACUGGAGUUCUGUGAGGACUGAUGCCUUUUACCACACUUUGAAGGUGAAAAGCACUGUAGACAUGCAAAGUACUAGGAAGUAAUUUUCUAGAACUAUAGAUUAUAGUUCAUAAUUGGUGUUACACAUUUUAUAUGCUGUAAAAGGCAGAUGGGCUGAACUGUAAAUUUGCUGAGCAUUACUGACAGGCCUAGAACACUAUUUGCUGACAGCCACUCAAGAAGUCCUACUCCCUUCUAGAAUUUUUCCUCCAGUAACCAGUAAAAGAGUCUUUUAAAAGUUCAUAUAAUCACUAAUGACAGUAUCAGCUGUUUCCUUUAUUGCUUUUUCAAAUUCGAAGGAAAACUAGCGUAAUUUAAUUACAAAGAAUAUGGACCUGAUCCCACAGCAUAAUCAUAUCAGCUUGCACAAAGUGAAUGUAAAAUGCUACCAAAUCAAAAUGGCAUUCUUUUGCAGGGGCUUACAUGACUACAUAAGGUGCUAGGCAGUGUGGGAUCACGCCCCUUGCCACUAACGAGGUUGUUGAUACUUUAUUAUACUCAAGACACUGGCAGCCUGAUUCAACUCCCAGUGAAAUCAAUAGGAUUGUUAUAAUUGACUUCACUGUGAGAUGGAUCAGAUCCCUAAACAUGAAACCACUGUCUUGGCAAUCUGACGAAGCAAACGAGGGCCCUGAUUCCACAAAGCACUUAAAUAUGGGCCUGACUUUAAGCAUGCGAAUAGUCAUCCAGACACUUCUCACUUACUUAAAGUUGAGCUCAUGCUAGGUGCUUUGCUGAAUCAAGGCCUAGGACACAAGCAUCAGCUUCCCCAUUAAAAAGCCUUAUUAAUCAGAAAGUUUCAAGUUCUUGUAAGGCAAAUUCCACAAUUAAACAACUGGUUAACUUGGUUGCCAGACCAUGGUAAAAUUAACUCCCAACACAUCUUGGAGUCAUUGAACCACUAACUAUUGUACUUGUAUGCACUAUCUAAAGGAAAGAAGGUGUAGGCUAAUAUUGGGGCAAGUUUAGUUACUUUUUAAUCUUUUAAUGCCUUCUGAGGAAUGAGUAACACAGGCACAUUCUGGAUAUCUAGAAUGUCAAGAGAACAUUCAGAUUUCUGAAGGGAAAAUGUUAGAUAAGGUAGGUCCCUUUCUAAAGCCCAUGAAACUACUCAGACAUGAUAGCUGGGAGAUGCAUUUUACUUCAUAUAACAAGACAAAUCAGAAGUGGUAUCACUUUUCUUCUCCUUCCUGGAAGUUCCUUCGUAUUGAUGAUAACCAGUAUGACUCAUAGUAUUAAAAUACUGGGACACAGCACAAUCAGCUUAAGUAAUUCUAUCAUUCAACCCACACAACGUGUAAUUAUAAUUAGAAUGUGGUAGUACUGCCCACAAUGUGCGCAGUGCUUGCCAAGCACGGAUGAAAAUAUAGAUCCUGUACUAAAGAGCAUUCAAUCUUAAACAAACAUGCAGGAGGGACACCCUCUAAAUCAUUUCCUUUCCUCUCCCUACAAUGAUCAAAUGUCCUGGGUUUUAAGGGAACGAGUCCAUAAGCAGGGGAAGGAACCGAGAGAAAUGUUUUCUUUGCAUUUAUUAUCUAUUCUGCGUUAUGUAAUUGCAGAAGUGCACCAUGUUCUCAUUUACAGUCUUGGAUUUCCAUGGAAGGCUGACGACUGGAAAUGAAACGUUCUUUAAGAAGCAGAAUAUAAAUACUGGCCUGUUGAAAACUUUGCUUCAUGAACGUUUAUUUGCUGUUGAGUUCAUGGUUCAGAAUUCAGUUGAGCAAUUCUGUAAAUACAAUACAGAUCAUUUUAAAUGACUCUGAGCUCGUCACAAGGAAAAUCCAUACUGAAGUCUUCCCAGUGCAUUCUGGGAACAGGGCAGUCAGGAAGCCUUCCAAAAGUAUAUUAAAAUGCACAGACCUUUCUUUUUCAGUGUAAUGCAGAUAUACCAUACACAUUAUAUUUCACUCUUUAAAAGCUGAGCCAUCAAGUUGCUUUAGUUCCUGUGAACUUUUUAAUUGCAGGUUGGUUUGAGGUUUUUUAAAUCCUCCAGUCUUAUCACAGGUUGGUCUCCUAACAGUGUGUAAGGAAAAUCAGUCAUGUCGAAUCAUCUCUGGCUAGCUCAGAGACAAGCAAACUGAGGCCACGUUGUCUGACCUCAUUUAUUUUUAUCAUUAUUCAUACUUUACUUUCUUUUCACAUCCUUCUUAAAUCAUUUAUGAGUAAUCAACAACUGUCCCUCAGCUCAACAAGUAGAUGUAGAUACCUGUAUUAACAUGGAACAUUACACCUUAGUUCUACUUAUGCCACACAGGCUACAUUGGAUUUGGAAGCAUUUCAGGCAAAUGGAUUCCUUCUCCUACUCCUUGGCUCACCUACCACAUAACUAGAGCCGCCAGUAAAUAGCACACCUUGCUAUGAACAGCGAUAAGGGAACUUCCAAAACCAGUUUUAUCUUUGUGAACUGAGAGUGUGUUUACCUUUCAGACUUUAGUAAGAGAAUUAAACUGGAGUUUUAUUUGUAUAUUCCCUCUAACUUGUAUAUGAUGCACUUGUAUUAAUUUAUGCAGUUGUUUAGUUAUGAAUGUUCCAAGCUGGAUUGUAAGUCAUCAGUAUGUGCCUUGUCUU